AUGGCCGAGACCUUCACAGAGGAGGAUCUUGAGGAGACCGACAUCUCCCUGCCCCAUGUGGAGAAGCGAAUCCGUAUGUCUGUUUGCAUGGAGAUCGUGAGAACCUAUGCCAAAGAGCAAGACCAGCAGGUUCGCUCCAUAAUGGAUGAGCUGUCUGAUGAGCUCAGCGAGUUCAACGCGAAGAAUUACAUCUUUCACAGCUGGCUCGCCAACUGCUACCACUCUAUCAGGCAGCACGAAGUGCGCGCUUUCGGAAUACAGGAGAUGUCUGCCCCACGCCGUGCUUCCCUUCUUCGCAUGCCUGGGCCAUUGCGGCUGAGCACUGGGCAGCUCGAGGUCUUGAAUGAGCUGCUGAGGGAGGAGGGUGCUUUCGGACCUGAGGUAGAGAUCCUUGGAAUGAAGUUGUCAGCAGUCAGUGCCGGAGCCCUCAUGGCAGCCAGCCUGGGAGCGCUAGGGGAUCAGUUGUUUUCUGCGCGAGGACAGUACUUCUGA